AUGAAUUAUAGUAUCAUCAAUUGUGUACAAGAUGGACGCUUGUGUUCGUAUUAUACAAACUUUUCUUCAAUUUAUGCUUUUCUUGCAAGUAACAAUGCUUCUGUUUAUUUAUUUCAACCACCUCCAGCACCUUCGACACCAACACAAAUUUUAUCAACAUUGUCAUCAACUACAACUUCAAUAGUUGCAUCUACCAAAACCGUACUAACCACUGUUCCAACGGCGGAGGUGACAGUAACUGCUGCUCAAACGGCGGGAGUGCCAAUGACUACUGUUCCAACGGUGGAGGUGACAGUAACUAGUGUACAAAUGGUGGAGGUGCCAAUGACUACUGUGCAAACAACGGAGAUGCUAAUAACUACUGCUCGAACGGUGGAGGUGCCAGUAACUACUGUUCCGACUACGAAGACGAUAGUAACCAGUGUCGCAUCCACUAGUUCAUAUAGCACAAAAAGUAUCACUACUCAAACAUUACCAUCGAAUGUAUGGAUUUCAACAAGAAAUAUGACAGUAGCAAGAAUAUAUCACACGAGUACUUAUAUACCAGAAACAAAAAAUGUGUUAAUUACAGGUGGUACAGGUCUUAUGUCAAUGGAAAUAUUUAUUUAUUCAAAUAAAUCAUUCAGAAAAACAAUCGAUAUGACACAAACAAGAAUGGCACACACAGCCGAUCGUCUUGUUAUGAAUGUGAUUUUAAUUUCUGGUAAUACUACUGCUGAUCUUUAUGAUCCUAUAAGGGAAGUUAUUAAUAAAACUAUAAGUUUAAGUGCACGACGUUUCUAUUUUCCCUCAAUGCCCAUUAAAAUAAAUAAAACGACGAAUGUACUUCUUUGUGGGGGUGUAACAAAUGAAACAGGAACAACUUAUUUGUCUACAGUUGAUAUUUAUAAUAAUGAAAGUGAAUCUUUCAAUUUAACAAAAAUGUCAUCUGCUCGAUAUUAUCAUACAUUAACAGCAAUUCCAAAUGGUAAUAUUAUAAUUGCUGGUGGUUCAUCAGUAAAACCAACAAUUCUUAAUACAAUGGAAAUGUACAAUAGUAGUUCAAAUUCAUUUGUGAAUUUAACAACACGUAUGUCAAGCCUUCGUUAUUAUCAUACUGCAACAUAUAUUCCUUCAAUUCAAUCAAUUCUUUUUGCUGGUGGAUCUUCUACAACAAGUAAUAGUUUAAAUACAUUUGAAUUAUUUAAUGUAACAACUAUGAAAUUUGUUCUAAAUGGUACCAUGUUAACAACAAGAACUGCUCAUACAGCAACUCUUCUAAAUAAUGGACAAGUUCUACUUGUUGGUAGUGAUUCGGCAACAAAAACAGCAGAAAUUUUCGAUCCAACAACAUUUACUUGUCGUUGGGCAGCAAAUAUGUCUGUAGCUCGUGGUUAUCAUACAGCUACUUUACUCGGAGAUUCAGGACAAGUACUCAUUUGUGGUGGAAAAGGGAGUAGUGGUACAUUGAAUAGCUGUGAAAUUUAUUAUUCAUAA